CAUGCGCACGCUCCAAUGACACGUCAAGUUUUUACUAUCUACAUUUAUUGUAAUUUUCAGUAAGUUAUCUAUAUUUCGUAACGUUUUCUUUUUAUUAAGUAUUAUUAUUACCAUUGAAACAUGGUUUUAAUGCCAAGAGAGUCAGCAAAAUUAAUUGCCACUCUGUCAAAAGAUGUUUUUAUUGAAGACGAAGGUGUGAAAAAUCUCGCUUGCACGGUUUUAGAAGGUAUUAAAAAUCAAAGAAUUAAUAUAAAUAAUUUUUCACAACAUGAAUUUCAUCCCAAACCAGAUGACCCUAGAGCCAUUGAUUGGAUAUUUUUAUUAGAUGUAUUAAAUUUUUCAUUUUGGACCCAAACAAAUGCUAACAAAUGGAAAGUCAACGGACAAACUGGAUAUUUUGCAUUGUGUGCUGCGGUUAAGAGAGCUGUAGAUGAAGGUAAACCUAUAACAGAUCCUAAAUACUAUUCAGAAGUGAGUCAAAAUGAGCUUGAAGUAAUCUUUCGAGGUGAUGAUAAUCAUACUAAAAUUCCUCUUAUAAAUGAAAGAGUAAAGAAUCUGCAUCAAGCUGGACAAGUACUAUUAAAAAAAUAUCAAGGUACAUUCGUCGAAUGCGUAAAAUCCUGUUCAGGCUCGGCAGAAAAAUUAUUAAGACUUAUUAUCAAUGAUUUUGAUUCUUUUCGAGAUGAAGCAGAUUACAAAGCAUAUAAAGUAAGUUUUUAUAAAAGAGCCCAAAUUUUAAUCGGAGAUAUUUGGGCUUGCUUUAAAGGACACGAUUACGGUCGAUUUAAUGAUAUCGAUUAUAUUACCAUGUUCGCCGAUUAUCGAAUUCCUCAAGUUCUUAUCCAUUUUGGUGCUAUCAGAUAUAGUAAUCCAUUGUUAAGCAAACUUCAAUCGGAUUUAGAGUUGGAAUCGGGAAGUUCGGAAGAAGUAGAAAUCCGUGGCUGUUCGAUAGAUGCUAUUGAGCGUGUAAAUAACGAAGUUAGAAAAUUAAUUGGUUCUUAUCCUGAUUUAAAUUUGAAGGAAACUGAUAUUAAUAGUACCCUAAUCGAUCAUUUUUUGUGGGACUAUCGUCGACAACAUGCUGAAGAAUUAGAGAGUAUACCAUUUCAUAAAACUAGGUGUAUCUAUUAUUAAUUUCCUUCUAACGAGAGAUACUCAUCACUUUUAUUUUUAUGAAUUAAACUUAUAUUAUAUUUAAUCAAAUUAUCUUAUUGAAGUCUAAAAUAUAUUUUAAUGCAUUGUAAAAUUAAAAAAAAAAAUAAAAAAUGAGGAGCGUAAAAAUGUACUUACUGAGAUUUGAUACAAGGAAAUACAUUUCGUGAUACAAGAAAUCACAGUAAAUGAUAAAAA